AUGGCGAUGAUGCACACCUUCUUCAAGUCCCCCUUCUUUAACUUCGAGUACCUUCGCCUUCUCGCCAUGCGCCCCACGAGGGCGCCGAGAUCGGAUCUUGAUCCGGAAUCGUGGUUCAGCGCCUUCCUCGAUGCCGGUAACAAAGCAGAAGCGAUCGCUCAGGAGGCCGAGCAGGCAGGCGACCGUGUAUCCGCGCGUCGUGCCUACCUCCGGUCCUCCAACUACAUCCGCGCGGCGCAGUUCAUGCUCAACGAGGGCCCAAUUGGGCACGAUCAGCGCGUUCUUCCAAGUAUCGAGCACGCCAUUGCAAACUUUCGAAAGGGCGUCCAAUAUCGCGAUGGGAAGACGUUCUUUCUGGAGAUACCGUACGAAAAUGGGCUCAAGUUGCCCGGCUACCUCUACCUGCCCGAAGCUGCCAGGCGCAUUCCGGGUCGCAAGAUUCCUAUCCUACUAAACUCUGGGGGAGGCGAUUCGACGCAAGAGGAGAUCUACUUUGUCAACCCGGCAUUUGGGCCCGAACUCGGGUAUGCCGUGGUCACCUUCGAGGACCUGGUCAGGGAAUUUGCGGUCCUGGAUCACCUCUUUGACUUCGCCACCCGCCAUCCCGAGCUGGAGCUCGACUUGGAUCACAUUGCUGUCACCGGGGCCUCGAUGGGGGGAUAUUUUGCCCUGCGUGCGGCCGCCGACGCACGGAUCAAGGCUUGCGUGAGCGUCGACGGAUUCUACAGUUUAGCCAGUUUUGUCGGCGGCAGAAUGCCCGGGCCUCUCUUCCACGGCUUCAUGAACGGCUGGCUGUCCGACGCAGUCUUCAACGGCAUUUUGCGGUCUCUCCAGCGAUUGGACUUCCAAGCGCGAUGGGAGUUCAAUCAUCUAAAGUGGGCCACCGGCACUACCACCGAGGCCGACAUCAUGCGGAGUUUCGGCGACUAUACACUACUCAACCCAGACGGAACCGAGUAUCUUGCCAACGUAAAGUGUCCCACGUUGGUCACUGGGGCCGGAGCGAGCUGGUAUUUCGACCCAGCGACCACCACCAACAAGAUUUACGACUGCCUGACGAGUCUAACACCAGGUGUGGACAAGGAAAAGUGGAUCGCCCAGGACAUCGCCCACGGAGGGCUCCAGGCCAAAAUCGGGGCGUUCGGUUACUCGGCGCACAGAACCUUCCAGUGGUUAGACGCCAAAUUCGGGAUUGAGAGAGUGCCAUUGGGGGCGAAAUCCGACUUGCGUGAGCUGGUCCUGUAG